ACCAGUUUGCCGUGGGACGGAGGACUGUUGGAAUCUUAGGAUUUCUCUACUAGUAUAUUUACCAUGUUUCUACUAACAUCCCUAAUCUGUGUGUAGAAAGUAAUUGGACCCGUUCCUCUUGCAUUUACUAUAUGCACUUGCAUUUAUUACAACUCUCUAUAAAGCUCAACCAAGUUCUCCUCUUGCAUUAUAAAGCUUGAAACCCUAAUCUCUCAAAAGCUCUUAAGUUCUUCAAUGGCGACGUCUAGUUCAGAUGCAAUUUCUUUAAUGGCGACUACUUCAGCUUCAGCGGAUCAUACACAGGGUGAGGCAAAAGGUGGUUUGCUGGUCGGGUUGGUUCAAGCACUAGGGAUGAUCAUUGGCGCGGACAGCCUAGCAGUCCUUAAGGAUGGCACAAUCGUUACUGAUAAGGAAGAGCAAUCUGUUGACGCUGCACUAGAAGCUAAAAGGAUUUAUACCUCUGACCAGUUUGUAUUGGCUGGUUCGGGGACAGUUGACUUCGUAAGGGAAGUGGCUGGUACUUUGGAAAGAAUGUCCGUCAGUGGUGAUGGCGAUAACCUGGUCAAUGUGUUUGCACUUGCUUCGAAAGUUGAGGAGCAAUUGAAGGAUGCUGUUCUAAAAGGCAUGGAUGAUAAGAUGGAGUUUCUUCUAGUGGGUUGGGACGACAGAGAGACUUUAACACAAGGGAGUAACAACUGUCGAGUCAAUCAAGGUUGUUGGUCCAUUAGAUGCCAAGGAAAGAAUUAACCUUGAAAGGUCACAUAACCAGAAUGAAAGUCCUAAAGAAGCCAGUGAUACCAUCUGUACCAUUAUCCAUGAGGCUUCUAAAAAGUGUGCAAGUGUUGGUGGUAAAGUUAAAGUUUGUUUCGCCUCCGUCAGUGGAGAUCCCAGUGAACUAAAGUUAAAUAUAGAGAUGUGGGAUCAUGCUGCAUUUAGGAACAAAUUUCAUGUAAAGCUCACAGAGUCUGAUCUGAAUAAAGGAAUCAGUCUUCCGAGCGCAGAGUUGGAGAGUAUUGUGUUCCCAAGUUGGUCAAGAGAUAUAGUAGAAAAAUUUGAGUCGCAACAUAAGUAUCAGCGUAACAUCCAUGUUCGAUUUGCAUGUGGAGAUGACCGUGACAAUCUUCCAGUAUCAGUAAGAGGAAGGAUUUCUACCUUCUCGGGGAUAUCACUGCAGGAGGCAGAAGGAAGCAGUACAAGAAGUUGGUUCGAAAGCUCCAGUUGAAAGUUGGUGAUACAGUUAGCAUGUCUUGGGAUGUGGCUGGAGGCUUCCUACUGGCUUCUUAUCAUCCUGCAAGUGCAUAACAAGUUAACAACGUAUUAUCUCUUGCCUUCAGGUUUUAACUUUGCUAUGAUGAUCUAUAUUUGACCAAUGAAUUGUAUGAGCAUAAUAGUGGAUAUAAUUUUUCUUAUGGGUAUCUAUCGAA